UUCCAAGGUGAGACCGAGGUUCCUCUCCUCUCCCCGCACAGCACCGCACGUACGAGUGCUGGUGAUGCGCUCGUACUCCUGCCGUGUCGCGAGUUCCUAGCUUCUUUCUGCUGUUGCUCGUGCUGCAUCUUCCGCUGGGUUCUGGCAUGGAGGGAGACGAGUCCCUCUGGAAUAUGCUUGGCGACCCUCUGGCUGGAGCAAGCGGUCCGGAGGCGGCGGCCUUUGCGGAAGACGGCUCGUCCCUGCCACCGGGUUUGCCUGGCAACGGCUGGGCGGGGAGCAGCCACCGUGUAGACGACCUGGUCGCGGCGGCCUUCGCGCACUUCAGCACCGACGUUUUGGCCCCGUUCUCUCCGCCGCAGGGCGGCGGAAGCUUGGCGCUGGAGGACGACAUAUCCACGGAGAGGGGCGUUAACAUCUUGACGGAGAGCGGAUUGCCACUUGGAGCCUCUGAGUGGUGGGACAGCGACCAAUUGAAUCUUGGCGACGACGACCUCCCCAACCAGGCCGGCAGCACGGACGAAUCGUUGUACCAGUUGAACUUCAACUUCGUCGAUUCCCAGGGAACUGACCCGCCACCAAUGGCCCCGGCUGCUGGGCCAAACCAAGUGGGGGCUGACUCACUGGAGCCGCCACCGGAGCCUGCUGCCGACGAUGUGUUGGAGACGAGGGAAGUGGCUGAGAUGGUUCGCGUGGCAACACAAUGCGGCGAUGACGAUGCGGGCACUGUGUGGUCCGAGGAGGAACACAAAGUGUUGCUCGACCGCCUUAAUCGGUAUGAGAUGGACAUGGUCAGCCUGUGUUUCAAGAUCGCAUUUGAUCUGCCGAAGAAGACUGCACUUGAUGUUGCAUUGCGAUGCCGGUGGUUUCAGGACAAGGAAAAAACCGCUAAGCAAUCUGAGUCGGUACAGAAAGAUUCUGCUGGAGGAAAGGUUAAAAUCAAGGGAAACGGAGCUAAGGGUGCUAAAAACAGCAAGAAAAUAUAUCCCCUUUCUAAAGAGGCUCUAGACUCCAAGAGUACUAAAGAGCUUAUUCAGGAUAGUUACAAGUUUCUAAAACGGAUAGAAGAGAACUUAAAAACAGGACAGUUGGAUAAUACUGUGGACUACUUUUACUACGUGAAAACUAUCAUAGAUGCUGUAGAAAAGAGAACGAGCGAAUUUGGUAUUAGCAUGACCAUGCCUCCGAUAGAUGGAGAAGGCCUUGAGGAAAUCCUACGGUCUCGUCUCGAUUCAUCGUCAUGCCAAAAUUUUCAGGCCCAGAAAGAGGAUUCGUGACGACAGGACUGUGCACGUGCUGCCAUGCAAGAGGAGACACAUUUAUAUUGCUUAUAGGGUGCGCCGUGGCGAUGCUAUACACAUAUCAUAGUCUAGUAUAUUAGGAAAUUAUAUUGACAAUGUAAAUAUAGCUCAAAAGUUGUAGUCUGGUAUAUUAGAAAAUUAUAUUGGCAGUGUUAAUGGAGCUCAAAAGUUGCAUAGUCUAAAAUAUUAAGUGUAGCUCAAAAGUUGCAAAGUCUAAAAUAUUCAGUGUGUGUUUGGUUGAGGGGAUCAGGAUGUCUGGGAUCGUCCUAGAUUUGAGCUAAAUUCAGUGUUUGUUUGGUGGAUGGAAGCGGAUGAGUUCAUCCACCUGAAGCGAAUAUUCGCUCAUGUACCGGAUGGCCUGAUCCCACCAAAUUAUCCAGACGAGGCCAUCAGCCUUGCUCUGCGCCUCUCAUCACCCGUCACUCUCUUGAAGGACUGCUCCUCCUCCGGUGACGCUAGAAGCCCCACGCCCUGCUGCUCCGCCCAUUCCACGCCGAGACCGAUAGCAGCAGCCUCCCGUGGCUGUCGGCAUCUGUCACCGACCGGUGGCCACAGUGAAGCCUUCCGCACCGGCGGUCGUGGUGCGUCAAUGAAGAGGAGGACUUCCGCUCCAGCGGCUGGGGCACCUGUAAUGGUGGUGAAUGUACUUGCAGGAAUCCGUAGUAUCUGCUGCUGAUGCAGAAGAGAGAAAAUGGCUGGCCUUCAGUUCUUUGUUCCAAGCUUGUGCAGAUCAAGGGAAAGAAAGCUGUGUGAGAGGCUUCGAUAACGAGAUUGCAAGGUACCGGGCCCUUUCCACCUUCCUCGCUAGGCUGCCGUUCCCCUGGCUCGGCAAUGCGAUUCACUGAGCUCCGGUGAGUCGCAGCAAUCUCCGAUGAGAAGCAGAUAGCUUUGUAGGCAGCGGGCCUUUAACUGAGAUUAGUUUGUGUCCCGAUGUCCGAACAUGGUGUCUUCAUUUUUGUUUUUAUCAGUUCAAGCUGUCGCAAGUUCUUGAAACAUGUAAGAGAAGCAAUUCUGAAUCAUCUGCUAUCAUCUGA